AUGGCCGUAAUUGUCCUGGCAGCAGCUAUCGCCUUUGUUCUCUAUCUUGUAAUUUCGUUUCAUCGCCAGUUCAUCUUUCUCUGGAAGCUAAAUCGCAGAUGUAACGUAGCAUUAACGAAGAUACCAGGGCCGCCAUGUCUUCCAAUCAUUGGAGCCGCUCAUAAGUUCAAAAUGAACAGCGUUGAGUUCACCUAUCAAAUGGAAGAAUGGGGACGGCAAUAUCUCCUGAAUGAACACACCUACAAUGGCAUAAUAAAGCUGUGGGUGGGACCGGUGCCAUUGGUGUUCGUUGGAAUGCAAGAAUCGAUCAGGCCAAUACUCGAAAGCAACACGAAUAUUUCGAAACCGAACCAGUACGACAUCGUUUCAGAUUGGAUAGGAACCGGUUUACUAACGAGUACGAACGACAAAUGGUUUCACCGAAGAAAAAUGCUCACACCUACGUUUCACUUCAACAUACUCCAAGGCUACUACAACGUCUUCGUUCAACAAGGAGAGGUCAGCGUUCUGGUUUCCGCCAAAGAAGAAGGAUUCUUCGACCUAUUCCCGUACAUAAAGCGAUGUGCACUGGACAUCAUCUGUGAAACCGCUAUGGGCACCUCGAUCAACAGUCAAUACGGUGGUAGCAAUGAUUAUGUGACGGCUGUACAACAAUUGAGCUCAAUUAUUUGGAACUAUCAGAGAUUUCCAUGGCUAUGGUGGAAGCCAAUUUGGUACCUGAGCGGAUACGGUUUCGAAUUUGACAGGCUAGUGAAGCUUACCAACGACUUCACGAGAAGGGUAAUUGCUGACCGGAAAAGAGCUUUGGAGAAGGAUGGAAACGGGGGUGAUCCAAAACGUGAAAGGCUGGCCUUUUUGGAUCUUCUUUUACGAAUGCAAUAUACUAACCAGUUGAGUGAUGAGGAUAUCAGGGAAGAAGUAGACACAUUCAUGUUUGAAGGGCACGACACAACAUCCAGUGGAAUCGGUUUCACCGUGUGGUGGCUAGGCCAGUCACCCGAAUCUCAAAGAAAAGUUCACGAAGAGCUUGACAGGGUGUUUGGUGAAUUGCCUACUCAGGAAGAUAUCAAACAAUUGGUCUAUCUGGAAAAAUGCAUCAAAGAAUCGCUACGGCUCACUCCAUCGGUACCGCUCAUUGCCCGAAAAUUGUCACAAGAUGUCCAAAUCGGUGAAACUACACUUCCUGAAGGACUUACUGUUGUCGUAGUACCUAUGACAACAGCCCGCGAUCCACGAUAUUGGGAACGUCCCGAAGAAUACUAUCCAGAACAUUUUGACGCCGAUAAAAUAGCCGGCAGAGAUCCUUACUCAUACAUUCCAUUUUCGGCUGGACCACGAAACUGCAUCGGUCAGAAGUUUGCUGUACUCGAAGAAAAAGUUGUAUUGUCAUGGAUAUUCAGACGUUAUCACGUGGAAACUGAGGAACCAUACCCAGGAAAUCGAUCAGUACCUGAAAUUAUUCUUAAACCCAGCAACGGUUUCCGAAAUUUUCGCUUCUGUCCUAAUUACUGUGCUGAUUUCUGCAUAUUAUGA